GACGAAUGCCGCCAAGUACUGCCGCUCGACGCCCGCGGGGGCGUCUGGGAGUUGUAGUCCGGACCUGUAAGCUGACGCAGUUCGGGGGCCGACCGACGCUCCAGCGCCAUUGUGUCUUUUGGCACGCACUGUGAGUGCUGUGCGUGAAUGCCCGUCGGGGACAGCACCCGUCUUUUAUUACUUUACACCCUCUGGAGCCCAGAGCCGGCUUUGCUUGCGCCUCCACUUCUGCGGGCACGGAAGGAUCUGUGUAGUCGUGGAUCUGGAGCCUGAGUUUUCUCAGCACCCUGCCUACUCCCUCGAGAGAACAUGGAGAAGAGUAUGGCCUCCACGCUUCCAACAACGUGGCCCCAUGACUCUGUGAAGUUUGAAGAUGUAUCACUGACAUUUUCCAAGGACGAGUGGGCACAGCUGGACCUCCAACAGAAGUGCCUAUACAGGGAAAUCAUGCUGGAGAACUAUAAUAACAUGAUUUCAGUGGAACACCACUUUUCCAAGCCAAACGUGAUAUCUCAGUUAGAAGAAGUAGAAGACUUCUGGCCAGUGGAGAGAGAAAUUCCUCAAGAUACCUGUCCAGAAUCUUCUGGGCCUUCUCUGGACCAUGAAAUAAAUUCCUUUCCUGAUGAGAAUCCCUUGAUGAAGAUCAAGGUCGUUGAGGUCCUUACACUGAACAAGGAUGUAGCUGGUCCCCGGAAUGCCCUGAUUCAAUCCCUCUAUCCUGAAAAUGGAGAAGACCUGAGCCCAAGUAGCCUCAAGCCAGCUCAACAAGCAAGCAAGCAUUUGGCUGACACGGAAGUCGCUCACCAGAAGUUCCGACAUUUCCAGUGUGAAGAAUCAGUUGAUCCCCAGAAGACUGUGUCUCAGCUUCGUAAGCUGUGUCACCAGUGGCUGCAACCCAAUACACAUUCAAAGAGACAGAUCCUGGAGUUGCUGGUGCUGGAGCAGUUCCUGAAUGCACUGCCUGAGAAGCUGCGGGUAUGGGUAGAAUCACAGCACCCAGAGGACUGCCAGGCAGCGGUGGCCCUGGUGAAAAAGAGGACCUCGAUGUCUAAGAAAGAUGCUCUGGCUGCCUGCCAUAAUGAGGCCACUGGUCGACUGAAAGAGGAGAAAAAGGACGUGGCCACCUUACCAGCUAUUGUAUCACCUGAGGAGCCAGUAACCUUCCAGGAUGUGGCCGUGGACUUCAAUCAGGAGGAGUGGCGACUGCUAGGUCCCGUGGAGAGGACUGAGUAUCGUGAUGUUAUGCUGGAGACCUUGGAUAACUUGGUCUCUGUGGGGUGGGAGCCUACAUUGGGAAACAAAGAGUUAACUCCACAAUCUCCCAGUUCUGUGGUAGAACCAAGUCACAACCCAAAGCCAAAAGAUUUUUCAAGGAAUGUUGCUCAGCCCAUUGUCUUUGAAAAUAUCUCUCAAGAUGAGGUCCAAGAAAUUCAUACCAUAGAAUCAAAUCAGGUCAAGCCUGUACAGAAAAAAGACCUCCCUCAGGAAGAGCUCUCUGAAAGCCAGCAGUCUCAGGGGCAAACUAGGCUUCUUAUAAGCCAGGGCUCACUUGAUGAUGUUCUGCCUAGAAAGCACUUGCAUGUAAAAAUUAACAAGAAGGGCACAGGAAAGAGAAAAGCAAAGGAAAAAAACAUUUCUAUGACCCGAGAUUCAACCAUACAGAAACAGCAAAAGGGCUUUGUGGGGCGGCAAGUCAGAGAUGGCAGCAAUUCUAAGACACAUGGUCCUUGUAUAAAAAACCACCGGCAGGGUAAAGUUUGGGACAGCAGAGAUCCCGUUAUGCUUACAACACCUGCAAAGGUGUACCAGAAAACCGCCAGCUCUGAAGGGAGAGUCAGGGACAGGAACAACGCCAUGGCACCUGAUACGUCUACAAAAAUACAACAGAAAGGUGCUGAGCGGGGUAAAAUUGGGAAAAGCAGCAAUUCUGUGACACAAGGGUCAUCUAUACAAAAUUACCAGACAGGGUCUGGCGAAGGAAGAGCCAGGGACAGGAACAAUUCCUUGACACAGGCUUCGCCUGUAAAAAUUCUCCAGAAAGGCUGUGAAGGGGGUAAAAUGCAGGGAAACAGGAAUUCCUUGAAACAUGUAAGAAUGAACCAGAAUGGUUCUAACAGUGGAAGAGUCGGAGAAAUGAGUACUUCCAUCAAACGCAGUCCCCAUAUAAAGGUUCACCUAAAGACCUCUGAAAGAGGGGAAGGCAGGGAAGUCAACACGUCCAUCAAAUAUAGCCCCCAUGUGAAAACUUACCACAAAGGUUCUGAAGAGGGGACUCCCAGGAAAGGCAACAACUGUAAGAAAGCUGUCAGCCAGCAUGCUCAGCAGAUAUUUUUCAUCAAGAUUCACAAAGGGAGCCAAAUUUGCCGGUGCAGUGAAUGUGGUAAACUAUUCCAGAAUGCUAGGUAUUUCUCUGUCCAUAAAAAGAUCCACACAGGAGAGCGGCCGUACACAUGUAGGGCCUGUGGGAAAGCAUUUAUUCAGAGCUCCUCCCUCACACAGCAUUAUAGGAUUCAUAGUGGAGAGAGACCAUUUGAGUGUUCAGAGUGUGGCAGGACCUUCAAUGAUCGCUCAGCCAUCUCUCAGCACCUGAGAACUCAUACUGGGGCUAAGCCCUACCGAUGUCAGCAAUGUGGUAAAGCCUUCCGCCAGAGUUCCCACCUUACCAGGCAUCAGAGAACUCACACUGGGGAGCGGCCAUAUGUGUGCACCAAGUGUGGGAGGGCUUUCACUCAGAGCUCACACCUUAUUGGACAUCAGAAAACACACGGGAUGAGGUUCAAAAAGAAGCAGUCCAAAUUGCAGUCCUAGUGCCUUUCAAACCACCGCCUUGCCAGCCUUGAGAUGCACUCUGCAGACUUUGCAGGAGAGUCCCAUGCCUGAAGGACUGCUCAGGACACCACCCAGCAGGUGAAACAAUCAGGGAGUUCGUAAUUGCUUCAUUUAGCCAUUAAAGAAAAUAUAAAACAUGAAAAUGCUCCUACAUUUAAAAAUCCAGUUAACCAAACACAGAACUGCUAAUUAUAUACAAAAUAAAGUAUGUGAGUGACAAAUUCAAAAGAAUGUAUAUAAAUAAAUAAAUAUAAUUGCUUUAAAA